AGUGCGUGUUUUGCGAUGUGAGAUGAAAAUUUUAUUUUUCUUUACUGUAUUCCUGUUAUUGUUUUGACUACCAAUGAGAAAAUUUUGGAUGUCCAUUUCUUAUUUGUGGUUAAGUUUGUUCCUUUAUGGCUGUUGAAGAUCAGCCUGCUGAAGAUAAGUCUCUCAUUGCCAUGACCACAAGCCUAAAGCAUAUCUUUAAUGGUACAAUUGCAAUUGGCAAAUCGGCAAUUCCCAAUGGUUUGCUGAGCGCGGGUCAUGGGAAAGAAUCCAAUGGGAUUGACGAUGAUGAGCUCACUAGUUUGGCAUGGUUACAAGAUACAAAUUUGCUUAAAAACUUCCAAAUGGGUACCUACGGCAUUGAAGGCGAAGAUGUCCUCAGUGACACACCAUCGAGUGACUGUUUAGAUGACGCAAUUGAACAUGUGACUGUCAAUGGAUUUGGGGGAGAACAAACUGUUGAAAGCUUGUCCACACAUUCGCCUUAUAACCCUACACUUCAUGCUAGCUCUAAACCCCCCUUCUCCUUUAGUUGUCUUAUUUUCAUGGCCAUUGAAGAUUCACUACACAAAGCUUUACCCGUGAAAGACAUUUAUAACUGGAUAUUGACUCAUUUCCCAUACUUCCAAAAUGCUCCUACUGGUUGGAAAAAUUCAGUUCGACAUAACUUAUCAUUGAGCAAGUGUUUUCGUAAAGUUGAAAAGGAGAAAGGACAGAAUGUGGGAAAAGGUUCAUUGUGGUGCAUUGAUCCAGAGUUCCGUCCCAAUCUUAUACAGGCCUUACAAAAAGCUCCAAGUAUGGCAAAUGUAGAAUUUAGUAAUUUUACCUGCAUGUCUCCAUCACAUUGUCAGAAUGGAAAAUCAGAGAGUGAAUUCAAGCCAUGUCUUUUAGUAUCCUCACAGCAAUCAUUGCAGAUUCCUUCUCCAGAGCUUUUCCCUUUUCUUUCUCGUCGCCUUGCUAGUAGUAUGAAAGAUCCAGAAGUUGAUGCUGCUGCCACAAUGCUCACAUUGAAGAAUGGCCCUAAUGUAUCAGUUCAAAAUAUCAGUGAAGAAUCCGAGAGUGAUUCCUUACAAUUUCAUCAUAGGUUCCUUCGUAAAAAAUUACGUCUAAAGCAAUCAUCACAGAGUUCAGCAGUUAAGAAAAUGAAAACGGCUAAACCUGUCAUAACCACCAGUCCUAGUGAAGAUCACACCUAUAGUGCCUGUCUAAAUCAGCCAGAAAGCAGUGUUGAAGACGCUGAAGAGACCUGGUCAGGAAAUGAUAAAAAUAGCACUGAUGCAACUUUACCUGUGAUUUUGAGUGACACAGUUAAAAGUGUUUCAAAACAGGCCAGGAACAAUGAAGAGGAAGAAGGAGCACAUGCAUUGAUGAAUUUAGCUGAAAUUGCUUCCAAACGAUUGCUAAAAAAAGCUACUGUUAAGAAUAAUUCUUGA